GUUGAACCGGAUCACUCUCCACAAAAUAGGGAUCCCCAUUCUCUUCUCCUCGUUUCGGGAUGACUCCUGGUCUUUGCAUUAAUUACACCAUCCAUUCGCUGUGCGUAGAGCAGACCACCCUGGAUUCCCGGGACCGUCGAACGCUGGAGCUCCUUGUUUUAACUAGCCCAUUUGCGGCACGACUUCGAUCGCAUUUUCUCCCCAUUUUACGAAGUACCGUCUUUGUGAGUACUGUAUCAAAUCUGCCUUGAGGUUGAACUACAAAGUGCAAGGUCGAGGCGCAGCCAAGGCGAGUAGGUACAGUAACUACACAGUUAGAAGUAUCCGUAGCCCAGCUUCC